AUGAAGGGACCAGAAAGUAGCCAGUGCACCACUGAUAACAUCUUGUCAAACCCUUACUCAGGUAUCCAGUUUGCAUUCGAUAAACGACGCCGGAACCUGGAAAAGCGUAAGAGCCGUCUGCUGCAAUACGAGGCGGAUUUGAAAGACGGUAAGAAACUUAGCGAUCAACAGAUCGAAGCUCGAUAUUGUAUUGGAGAAGUUGAUACGCAGCUGGAGUUCUUGAAAGAUAUUGGUAAGGUCUUGCAAUCACUACAAAAGGAAUACCUCCGUAGCGUGAAACAACGGGACGAUGGGAUGAAGAAAGGCCUAGCUGAACUUGAACGGAAGCAUUUGGAGGAUUUCAUCUACUUUCAAAAUGUGAUCGAACGGUUCGGUAAAGUGGAAGACAAGGAUGUCUUCCUAAAUGGAACGGAUAAUGGAACGAAGAUUACCGAAGAGGAGUGUAAACUGAUUGAGAAUUUGUCGGAAUCAUUUGGUUUGAAAUUCGGUGAAUCGGAAACGAUGAUGGAUUUUAAGAAGAGCGAAGACGGCUUGAUGUUAGUGUAUAGGAUUCUUGUAGGAAGCAAAGAAAAAGUUGUGAAUGAUUUCUCAGGAAUUCAAAUUAGGGAACUAUUAGAGAAAAUUGCAAAUUGUGAACACAUGCGAAAUGAUUCUAAGGAAGAUCAACUUGUAAAGGAAGAUGAAGUUGUCAAACCUGAUGAGUCUGCGGUGGAAUCCGAGGUUGAACAGCCGAAGAAAGAUCCAAAGGUAGUUUUUGUACAUGUUGCCAAUGGAUCAGUGGAGAAUUACGCAGAAGGCGAUAUGAAUCAAGCAGGCGAUACGGAGUUUGGUUUUGAGGGUGGAAUCGACCCGAAAGCGCUCAUACGUGACCCACCACCACCAAUUCCUUUUCCAGUUACAGUUGUCCCAGAAGAUCCUACAAUUACCGUCAAUGGUCCAAAUCAUAAUGUGUGGCGUACAGAGGCAAAACCAGAAGCGUCAUCGAAGCGACGCUCGGAUGGAGCGCAGGAUGGUUUUAUUAAUGGUGUUGAACAGGUGAAUGGAUUUGAAAAUCGUGGUGAUGAACGUCGACAGGUGCGUCGUGCUAAAGGCAAUGGUGCUCAGUGUAAUGACUUUGGGAAUGGUGAUGCAAAAGGAGAGAAUUUCGGGAAAAAUCCAGAUGCUGAACGUGGUCGCAAUGGUGGAGUUCGACGUCAAGGACGUAAUAACUUUGAUGGUCCACGAAACUCUCGCGGUGUACGUCGUCGUAAUGGUCGAGGUUUCGGUAGUUCAGGUGGUCGAGGCGGUGCUUCCAACAUUGGAUCGCGUGGUUCCGGCUUCCGAAAUGGCAAUAGUAACAACAGUCAAAUGAAUGGCGGUUUCAAAAGUAGUGGUAGUGGAAGAGGGGGCCUUAGUGGAUCUGGAUAUAAUGGACCACCGCAGCCGCCACGUCGUCAGUUGGGAUUCAACUUUGCUUCAGAUGCAUUCUGA